AUGUAUUCAAGAAUUCAAAAAUGCGGUUGGAGCGGCUUGCAUAAACGUGUAAAUUUGUUGAAUCACAGGAGUUAUGCUGGCAGUAUUCUAAAAAAGAAAGAAAAUGUAUCAAAUAACUUGCAGCCUGGCAAAAUUUAUCACGGUUUUAUUUGCCAUGAUAUUGAACCCAUUAAAGAGUAUAAUAUGACAGCUUACUAUCUUACACAUGAAAAAACAAAGACUGAAUACUUACAUCUAGAAAGAGAUGAUUCCAAUAAUGUGUUUUCUGUGGGCUUUAGAACUACUCCUCAAGAUUCAAUGGGCACCCCACAUAUAUUGGAACAUACUGUACUUUGUGGUUCUGAGAAAUAUCCUGUUAGAGAUCCAUUCUUCAAAAUGUUGAACAGAUCAUUAGCAACCUUCAUGAAUGCUUUAACUGGCCCAGAUUACACUUUCUACCCAUUUUCCUCACAAAAUGAGAUAGAUUACAGAAAUUUGCAAAAAGUAUACUUAGAUGCUGUUUUUAAACCAAAUUUAUCCAAAUUAGAUUUCUUACAAGAAGGAUGGCGUCUAGAACAUUCUAAACUAGAUGACAAAUCAUCAGAUUUGGUAUUUAAAGGUGUAGUAUACAAUGAAAUGAAAGGAGCUUUUUCAGAGACCAGUUCCCUCUUUGGCCAGAAAUUUAUCAACACAAUUUUACCGAAAGGUACAUAUGGUUAUGUAUCUGGUGGUGAUCCGUUAUGCAUUCCAGAAUUGACACAUGAGCAUUUAAAGAAUUUCCAUUCGACUUACUAUCAUCCUAGCAAUGCAAGGAUAUAUUCCUACGGUAAUUUCCCACUCGAACAAAACCUGAAAUUUGUAAAUGAUACGUAUUUGAGUAAAUAUGAAUUUUUAGACCCCAAACACACAAUAGUAACCCCUCAAGAGAGAUGGAAGAUAGCUAAAAGAGCAACUACACCAUGCAGAGUUGACCAGUAUGGUGGUCCAGUGGAUAAGCAAAACCAAAUCGCUUUAGGUUAUGUAAUGUCUGAUGUAACAGAAAUAUACGAGACUUUCAUGCUUACUGCUUUAGCAGAAUUAAUGAUAAUUGGACCAAAUUCAGCUUUCUACAAAAGCUUAAUCGAGAAAAACAUUUCUGGAGGAUAUAACGCGUUGACAGGUUAUGAAAAUCAAAUUAGAGAUACACUAUUUGUUGUUGGCUUGCGAGAUGUGGAGAAAUCAAAUUUUGAAGUAGUCGAAAAGAUUGUAAAUCAAACUAUUGAAGAAAUAUUUACUAAAGGUUUUGAGAAAAAUCAUAUUGAAAGCGUUUUGCAUGGCUUUGAGCUGUCUAUCAAGCAUCAAUCCCCUAAAUUUGGUCUGAAUUUGUUAUUCAAUUUAAUGCCAUUGUGGAAUCAUGGUGGAAUGAUACUCAAUGCUAUGAAAGUGAAUACAUUGCUUGAUCAGUUAAAAACAGAUCUUAUGAAUCCUGCUUAUGUGAAAGAUGUUAUCGAAAAGUAUUUCAUUCUGAACAACCACAAACUCAUUAUGACAAUGCAACCAGAUCCAAAGUUUGAUGAUAUUUUCAAUGAUGCUGAAGCCAAAUUAUUAAAAUCAAAAGUAAAAAACCUAACUCCCGAUCAGAAAGAGGAAAUUUUUGCAAAUGGUAUAGAACUUUCGAAAGCUCAAAAAGAAAUUCAGAACCUUGAUGUGUUGCCAUGCUUGAAAAUUGAUGACAUAACAUCAAAUAAGACUGCACCAACCAUAAAACAUACUAUCUCGGGAACUAUACCAUUACAAUUAUGUGAGGCGAAUACAAAUGGAGUUACUUAUUUUAAAGGGGUGUUGGGUACUGAAUGCUUAAAUGAAAAGCAAAGACAGCUUUUGCCAUUCUUUAUCUAUGUUUUGGACAAAUUUGAUACAAAAUCUUAUAACUACAGAGAUUUCGAUAAGUAUGUUAGCAAAUCCACUUCUGGACUUUCUUUUGUGUCUCAUAUAACAGAGCAUAUUGGUCAACAGGAACAGUUUGAACAAGGUAUUCUCAUCAGUAGUCAUUGUCUUGAUGAAAAUUUACCCAAAAUGCUGGAUAUUUGGUCAGAAAUCUUUGAUAAGCCCAAUUUCGAUAAUAAUGAAAGAAUGACCAUGCUUAUGAAUAACUAUUGUUCAUCCUUAACUAAUGGCAUUAUCGACAGUGGCCAUACAUAUGCAAUGCAAGCAGCGAGAUCGCUAAUUUCAUCUGUUGAUGAAUGCAAAGAAAAUCUAGUAGGAAUCAAACAUAUUAUGAAUAUGCAGGACAUACAAAAGAAAUACAAAAUUGAGGAUAUUCAAGAAGUUGUUGGUUUGAUUGCUAAAGAUGUUCUGAAAGGCAAUAAUCUUAGAGCAGCUUUCCACUACUCGAAUUUUAAUGAAAAUUUGCGUGAGAUAAUAGACAAUUUUUGCACAAAUUUGUGCAAUGAAGAUGCGCAGGAUGUCAACAGAAUUAAUUGGACAGAUUCUAAACCUCCCAAAAAAGAAAACAGGGGUGUUCACAUUUCUAUGAAUAUCCCAGUCAAUUUCUGCUCAAAAGUUAUACCAACAGUGCCAUAUACUGACCCUGAUUAUGCCAAAUUGAGAGUACUAUCUAGAUUUUUGACUUCCAAAUAUCUUCAUCCAAUCGUAAGAGAACAAAAUGGCGCAUAUGGCGGGGGAGCAAUGUUAACGGUAGAUGGAGUUUUCAAUUAUUAUUCCUACAGAGAUCCAAAUUCCCGAGUAACAUUAGAUGUAUUUGAUGAAACAACAGAUUGGAUGACCAAAAACAAAGAUCUAGUCGGUGAUCAGAAUCUUUUCGAAGCAAAACUGUCAAUUUUGCAACAAAUGGACCAGCCAGUUGCAGAAUAUAUGAAGGGAGUCGAAUUAUUCUUAUGCGGUCUGUCCUACGAUAUCUGGCAGACACAGAGAGCACGAGUUCUAGCAGUGAAGAAAGAAGAUUUAAUCGAAGUAUGCGACAAGUAUCUAGGUGCAAGUAAAUGGGCUGGCAAAAGUGUUAUUGGGCAAGGCGCGUCCCAACAAAUUAUAAAAGAUAACGAAACUUGGGAAACUAUUAGCGGCCCUCAAGAA